AUGGCUUCAACAUUGGGUAGGGAAAUGUGGCACUACAGCGAUAAACAGGAUUUUAAAAAUGCGGUAAAGGAAUUUAAGGGUAAAGGUGUUGAGAUAUGGAAAGGAUGGGAUCAAUACGAGCACAAAUAUUUUAUAUCUAACUACAAAGUAGGUGGAGGAGGAGAUAUGAAUAAUAUGGAAGAAAGUUUAAGAAUAUUACAUGAAGAAGCAGGUUUUGGGUGCAAAUCUGAUAACUAUAGGAGGAGUUCUUAG